AUGUCUCGUAGAAGUUCUCGCCUGGUGUCCGGUGGUUAUUAUAAUUCAGAUGAAGAAUCUGACUCGAGCAGCGUGACAAACAUUUCCUACAGAGAAAACCCUGUCAAGGUUUUCAAGAAGUUGGGAGCUCGGAAGUCCAGUAAAGCCAAAAGCAAUGCUAGUUACGUUUCCUCAGAGACACCUGUCACUGCAGAUGUGAGUCUGACAAGUAGCCCCUUGAGCAGUCCGACUCAGCCAACCAUGAGGACUGUACCUUACACCCCUACUGUGGCCACACCUCGGCCGGCCCUGGCUCCAUCAUCCUCCCGUGGUCAGACACCCACACGAAGCUCCUCAGUUGCCCCGGAACAGAGCCGUCACGCCGGCCUCUGCAGCUCCAGUGCGCCGGCUUUACACUGCAGAGCCAACCACAAGGAGCUGAGCCAAAGUGGCGUGGACAGCUCGGGGUACUCCUCAUCUGAAGGCACCUACAGGAAGCCGUUACCUGUCACCAGUAAAACCAGCAGAAUCAGCAGCAGCAGUGGGACUCCCAGUCCUGGAUACAGAAGCAGAAUCAGGAGUGCCUUAUAUAGUCUGAUGGGUGAGCACUUUGUCUUCGUUAUCAUGCAUCUGCCUUUGUGCUGUGAGUAA